GGUUGUGAUGGGUUGACAGGUGCGUGACAAUCGGAGCUCUCUGCAAGCAUGUACGCCAAAGGCAAGAGCAGCAACGUGCCGUCCGACAGCCAAGCCAGAGAAAAGUUGGCUCUUUAUGUUUAUGAGUAUCUGCUGCAUGUAGGAGCACAGAAGUCCGCACAGACCUUUCUAUCAGAGAUCCGAUGGGAGAAGAACAUCACAUUAGGAGAACCUCCGGGGUUCCUCCACUCAUGGUGGUGUGUUUUCUGGGACCUGUACUGUGCGGCUCCUGAAAGAAGAGACACAUGUGAACACUCCAGCGAGGCCAAGGCCUUCCAUGACUACAGUGCAGCAGCUCCAAGCCCAGUGCUCGGGAACCUGCCCACAGGGGAGGGAAUGCCAGUGGGUCCUGUCCCUCCAGGGUUCUUUCAGCCAUUCAUGUCGCCUCGAUACCCCGGAGGACCCAGACCGCCUCUGAGAUUACCCAAUCAAGGACUUGGAGGAGUUCCAGGUAGCCAGCCAAUGUUACCAAGUGGAAUGGAUCCCACAAGACAGCAAGGACAUCCAAACAUGGGAGGACCGAUGCAAAGGAUGACCCCUCCCAGAGGGAUGGUGCCGCUCGGGCCUCAGAACUAUGGAGGAGGGAUGAGGCCUCCGCUCAACGCCCUGGUUGGUCCUGGGAUGCCUGGCAUGAGCAUGGGACCCGGUGGGGGAAGACCUUGGCCAAAUCCUCCAAACUCCAACUCUACCCCCUACUCCUCGGCAUCGCCAGGAAGUUAUGUGGGGCCUCCGGGGGGCGGCGGGCCACCAGGAACCCCGAUAAUGCCAAGUCCAGCAGAUUCCACCAACUCCGGCGACAACAUGUACACGAUGAUAAACACAGUCCCUCCCGGCGGAAGCCGACCAAACUUCCCGAUGGGUGGAGGAAGCGACGGUCCUUUAGGAGGAAUGGCUGGAAUGGAGCCUCAUCACAUGAACGGAUCUUUAGGGUCGGGUGAUAUGGACAGUCUCCCCAAGAACUCUCCUGGUAACUUGAGUAUGAGUAACCAACCUGGGACCCCGAGGGAGGACGGAGAGAUGGGAGGAAAUUUCCUUAACCCUUUUCAGAAUGAAAGUUAUUCUCCGAACAUGACGAUGAGUGUGUGAAGGCUCUGGGAGCCGGUUCGGCCAGACGCUCAUGAGCCCGGUGUGGAUCGGUGAAAAGCGGAGAGACAGGAUGUGACGUCAUCUUGGCCAGGGACUCUUCUUCCACCGCCCACCCACUCGGGACAAUUGCCCCAGGCGCCCUCCCCUCCACCCCCCUCCCGCCACACCACCCCCACUCUCCACAUCCGUCUCUCUCUCUCUCUCUCUCUCUCUCUUCCUCUCUCUCUCUCUCUCUCUCUCUCUCUCUCUCUCUCUCUCUCUCUCUCUCUCUCGCCAUUCAUCGGUUCUUCCUCUGCACCGUACAAAAGGAUCCCAAAUUUAAGGAAGCCAGAGAAGAACUUGUUGUAUAUUCACAUCUGGUGUGUAUGGGACUGUACGCGCGCACACACACACACACACACACACACACACACACACACUCCAGUCACAGACUGAUGUGAUGUGGACACAUCUGUCUGAGUUCAAUACCCAAAAACAUGCCAAGAUUGUCCAAGAUUUAAAAAAAAAAAAAAAAGAAAGGAAAGAACAUCUCCACUUUUGAAUUGAUGCAUUUAAAUGGUUUUUACAAAUCAUGUCUGUCGUUGACAAACCAGCUCAUUCAUGAAGAGAGGAGGACUGGAAAGGCAUCACAGUCACAGCGAUGAGGGUUUUGUUGAGGCUUGUACAGGUGUUUAUGGUAUUCUGAACAUUUUCGGUUGUCACAGUCUUGAAGACCUUUGACCUCCCGUGGGGAUGUUGUGUGGUUUCCAGCCACAAGUACGACAAAAUCAAGAGGUCUGCUUUGGCUCACCUCGUGAAAUGCAGGUCGUAUUCGCCUACAUUUUAAAACUAGUGUGGAUGGUUACAAAGGAAAAAACAGGAGGACAAUUCUUAAGUUUCUAAUUGGGAUGAAUUUCAUAACAACAACCAGCAUCUGGCCAGUAAGCAACAUAAAAGUAUGCAAAAUAUCUCAGAUAUCGGCUACCAAUCAGAAAGAAGAAACCAGAAAACUCUGAGAGCGACCAGAAGGACUGAUGAGUGUUAAAAGGAAUCAGUGAGAACAUAUUUAUGAAGUGGCCCUGUUUGAAGGCGAACCUUCGACUUUACUGAACCACUUUCUAUUCAUAAUAAAUUCAGCUUUUUAUUGAUAAGGUAAAAAAUGUUUUUCGUGAAAAAAAGGUUUCCUGUAGUUUCGCUUCAUAUUACCGUAUUUUUUGGACUAUAAAUUGCACCACAUUAUAAAUUUCUAUCUAAAACUGUGUGUGAAGGGGGGAAAAAAACACACACAUGUAAUCCUAGCCCGUACGAGGCUGCACCGUUGAUCGUCCUCCAGCAGCUGCUGCUCCAGAAGUAUCUCUGAAUUUGCUCCUCCGGCUCUUGCAAUCACACUUUUUAGGCCACAGUUAGCAAUUUCUCUGCUUCACUGUUUGCCAGAUACUCCAGACUUUCUUUCUGCAGCUCUGUUUCCAUUUUGAACUUUUUGUGUUUUAACAUUUUCAGCUUGACUCUGCGUUUUCUUUUUGGAAACAGUUUGAUUCCCGUGUCAGUCAAAUACGGCAAUAAUGGAGGGUUUUUCAGUGGUACCUAAGCAGCAUUUUGUAGUCACAUGGUGACAUCUAGUGGUUCCAGAUCAUAUGUAUCGAUAUAUGUUGUUGCUUUUCAAUAUAUAUCGCAUGUCCAAGCGAAUAACUUAAAGAAAUGUUAUUUGUAGUCCCUGAAAUACGGUAUCUGUGACUGUCCAUGCUUAUUGUUGUUUGAUUAGAUAAUAAAGCAGAAAUAGAAGGGGAACAGUUUUUGCAAAAGUUGACAAACAGUGUUACAGUAUAAAGCAAAAAUGUGGCCAGUUUUAACAGCUUGAUGCUUGAAUCUUCAUUCACCUGUAAUUUGUGUUGCUAUUUGAGUGCUGAUGGAAUUCAAGAGACUGAGGGUCAAUAAAACAAUGGCUUUUUUUUUUUCUUUUCUUUUUUUUUAAUGAAAAAUGAACUGUAAUGCAUUUGGAGGGUCUCUAGCCUUCAGCUCUUAUGAUCUCUUUGGUUUUUUGUCCCGGAGCUACUAUUGGGUCGAAUGAUCAAUCAAGCUGAUAAAGUAAACCAUAAACAGAUCCACAAGCUGAUAAAAUCACCCUGUCGUCCGGCUAAACUGUGAUCUUAGUAUGAUGUGAAAGGUUGGUUGGUACAGAAAGCUAAAAUAAGCUUGUUUUUAAUCAACGCCGGACUCCUCUUCCACUGCCCAAGAUGAAUCCUCAUCGUGUACAAAGGGUCGAUACUCCUGUGAACAUUCUCCUCUCCCUUACCUUACUGCAAAGUGUACAGCUCACAGAUGUAGCUCCUCUGUCUUGUAUGUGUAUUUGAUAUUAUUAUUAAUAUUAUUAUUAUUUAAAGGUAAACCUGGAGAAAACUGUUGCAAAAGGGAGGAAUGGACAGAUGAUGCAUCUUCGCCCCUGAACAGAGAUGCUUUCCUUUGUUUUCGUGUUAGAUCGAAGCCAUAAGUGGGAGUACGAAGAGGACACAUUUGUAAAUCAGAUCGCGUUUUCUGUUCCGUGGCAGUACGUGGGACUCCAUUUGUGACGUGUUCAUUUUCUCUUUUUUAUUCUUGUAUUAUGUUUUUUGUAAAUACACAGAGAAGUUUCCUGGGUUUUGAAUAUGCUGGUAUAAAGCUUCUCUUCCCUUA